UUGGUACAAAUAAUGAGUGAACGGCAACAAAAUUCAGAAAUUCGUUCCCCUUCAACCAAAUUCCAGAAAAAUCCUAUAAAAAUACAAUUAUUCAACCCACCUACCUCUCUUGAUUCUUCCAGAAAUUGUUGAAGAAAUUAGGGCCUUCUUCUAGAUUUAUUUGAAAGAAGAAGGCUCUAUAUUUCUUGAAUAAUAAUAACAUUAAUCUGGCACUGGAAAAUGUUUAGGCUUUCCACAGCAGCCCUUCAAUUGAUCGAGCUGUUUCUAAGUUCUGCUGUUCAUUUGUUAUAUGGGUUUUACAUAUUCAGCUCUGCGGUUGCUGGUGAUCUUUCCUUAGCCAUAAAUGCUCUGUUUUUCAAGUCGAAUAUUGAAGCAUCGAUUAGGGAUGUUGGGUCUGUCAAUUCGGAUAAUGAUUUGCCACCCAUUGUGUUGGUUCAUGGGAUCUUCGGAUUUGGUAAAGGGAGGUUAGGUGGCUUGUCUUAUUUUGCUGGGGCUGAGAAGAAAGAUGAGAAGGUUCUUGUGCCUGAUUUGGGUUCAUUAACCAGCAUUUAUGACAGGGCUAGAGAAUUGUUCUAUUACUUGAAAGGUGGACAGGUGGAUUAUGGUGAAGAACAUAGUAAGGCUUGUGGCCAUUCUCAAUUUGGAAGGAUAUAUGAAGAAGGGCACUACCCUCAAUGGGAUGAAGAUCAUCCUAUUCACUUUGUUGGGCAUUCGGCCGGAACUCAGGUGAUAAGGGUUUUGCAGCAAAUGUUGGCUGAUAAGGCGUUCAAGGGAUAUGAAAACACGUCCGAAAACUGGGUAUUAAGUGUGACAUCUUUAUCUGGUGCGUUUAACGGGACUACUCGCGCUUACUUGGAUGGAAUGCAGCCAGAAGACGGGAAAUCGAUGAAACCCAUAUGCCUACUCCAAUUAUUGCGUGUUGGAGUUAUCGUAUAUGAUUGGAUCGACAUUCCUAUUUUGAAAUAUUAUUACAAUUUUGGGUUUGAUCAUUACAACAUGUCAUGGAGAAAAGCUGGCAUAUGGGGACUUGUUGAUUGUCUUCUAGGAAAUUCAGGCCCGUUCGCUUCUGGAGAUUGGAUCCUUCCGGAUCUAACUAUUCAAGGGUCGUUACGUCUCAACAGCCAUCUAAACACCUUUCCUAGUACAUACUAUUUUAGCUAUGCAACAAAACGUACCACGAAGUUCUUGGGUUUUACGGUACCUUCAAAUAUACUAGGAAUCCACCCGUUGCUUUUUAUCAGAGUCUUGCAGAUGUGUCAAUGGAGGCACCCGCCUGAUGUCCCUCCACCUUUUAAGGGCUAUAGGGAUGAAGAAUGGUGGGACAACGAUGGUGCGUUAAAUACCGUGUCCAUGACGCACCCUAGGUUCCCAGUUGAACACCCUAGUCGAUUUGUGGUUAAAGAUUCCGAAUGCCAGCCUUUGCAACCUGGAAUUUGGUACUACAAGAUAGUGGAGGGGGAUCACAUUCUUUUCAUAGUAAACCGAGAAAGAGCAGGGGUACAGUUUGAUCUGAUAUACGACAGUAUUUUUGAGCGCUGUAGGAAACACGCGUUUAGAAAGAUUCCAACAAUGCCAGACCAUGUUGAAUGAGGAGGUUAGCUGCCAUACAUACAUAGACAUUUGUAACCGAGCUGUGUAUUGAUAUUCUUCGGAUAGAAUGAUGCGUGUAUGCAUCACUGUUGUACAGCUAUAAAUUCAUUUCUAUGUAUUCAGUUUCACCCUCUUCACAAACCA